AUGAGUGCCACAAACAACUGGCGAGCCGGGGAAUUUGGUGUCAGGCCAGUCCGUAUAGCGAACUGCUCUGGCUAUCACGGUGAUCCGGCUCAAGAAAUGUACAAGCAGGCUACACUGGGCGACGUCGAUUUCAUUACUGGCGAUUAUCUGGCCGAGGUCAACAUGGCAAAUAAUGCCGAAGCUUUUAGAGAGGGACGGCACCCCGGCUACGAAGAAACCGCUUGGGAUGGAAUACAGCAGACAAUCGACGUGAUUUCGCAGAAACGGAUCAAAAUUGUCAUCAAUGGGGGUGCCCUAAAUCCCGGCGGUCUAGCUACGAGAGUGGCCAAACUGGUACAAGACAGAGGCUAUGACCUUAAGGUCGCAUACAUCUCUGGCGACAACGUAUUGGCUGAGGUCGGCAACCACAUGCCUCAACAGGUAGAGCAAGCUCUGCCACAUCUCGACUCUGAGAACCACCACGUUACCAUUUCUCCAGAGUCAUAUCUCUUUACAAGAGAAGGGCAAAAACCCCGCGAGAUUGUCUCGGCCAAUGCCUACCUCGGUGCGCAUUCCAUCUAUGAGGCUCUACAGAAAGGGGCAGAUAUCGUCAUUUGCGGCCGAGCCUCAGAUGCAAGCCCCGUGAUAGCCUGUGCAUGGUAUUGGUGGUCAUGGAAGAACACGAGUUACAACGAGCUAGCGGGUGCUUUGAUCGCCGGCCACUUGAUAGAGUGUUCUGCCUACGUCACAGGCGGUAACUUUUCCGGUUUCGAUGCUUUUGAUAUUGAGCGUUUUGUUGACCCUGGCUUUCCAAUCGCUGAGAUGGACCAGGAUGGAACAUGCGUUAUUACCAAGCAUCCCGGGACGGGAGGUAUGGUUACUAUUGAUACCUGCAGUUGUCAGCUUCUUUACGAGCUGCAAGGCAACGUUUAUCUCAACAGUGAUGUCAAGGCAUACCUGGAUGAUGUUUCCAUGGAACAAGCUGGGGUUGAUAGAGUCCGUGUUUCUGGAGUUCGUGGAGCUCCUCCUCCAAACACGACAAAGCUCGCUGUUUUCUAUAAGGGCGGUUACGAAAUGCAGGCACUCUUCAAUGCUACAGGUUACGGUGUGGCUAAGAAGUUGGAGCUUUUUCAGAAGCAGGUUCGGUUCUUCAUUGGAGAAGAGGCCUUGCAGCAAUUCGACGUCCUUGAGUUUCAGCAGAUUGGAGUUGCUGCCACUGAUCCAGCUGAUCAAAACAGUAGCACUGUCUAUUUCCGCGUUUUUGCACAAGCCCCUGAAGCAUCUCUUCUCAAUGCCAUCAAUGUUGCUGUGCGCAAUGUCUCACUGAAACAUUUCUCAGGGUUUCAUAGCUCUCUCGAUAUGCGAACAGCGAUCCCCCGUCCCUAUCUCGCAUAUUAUCCCGCCCUGUGGAACCAGUCUGACAUUAAGGAAUGUGUUCAUUUCGUUGACCACGAGAGAGAAGCUGAGUCGUUUGCGACCUGCCCGCCAACAGCGUUUGAGGAUCUGGGUCAGCGUCAAUCAUAUGACGCAGAGCCAUAUAUCCAAGCCAAUUCUGAGCUUUGCAAUGUUCGUCUUGGCGACAUUGCACUCGGGCGGUCUGGUGACAAGGGCGCAAAUCUCAACUUUGGCCUCUUUGUCCACACCCCAGCCCAGUGGGACUGGCUACGAUCAUACUUAUCGCGAGCCAAGGUCCAGGAGCUUCUCGGCACUGACUGGAAGGAAAACUACUCUAUCGAGCGUGUAGAGUUUCCAAAGAUUUUUGCUGUGCACUUUGUCGUGUAUGGGAUCCUUGGUCGUGGCGUCAGCAGUUCCAAACGUUUGGAUGGAUUUGGCAAAGGCUUUAUUGACUAUUUCCGGGAUAAAGUCGUCCAGGCGCCGGCAUCCAUUAUAGAUAGUGCACCCAUUGAAAGGAAGCUAUGA